CAGUCGCGCGCAUUCUCUCCCGACCCCGUCGUCCAUACACUCCUUCCCCUCCGCCCCCCUCCUUCCUGCUUCACAGGUUGCGUAUCCGUACAAUCGCCCUCUUUUCCCGCCCGAUUACCUUACCUUGCGCGUUCCGUGGAAAAUAACACACACCAAAUAUUUGUUGUUGUUAACGUCCAAAGGCCCCCGUCUUUGGAUUAUUCCAUUGCAGCCUUCUCGCGCCCGUCUUCUAAUUGUCAUGAUGAAUUAUUAGGGAUAACCACCCAAAACUUCCCCUCCGAACUCUAUUGACACCAAGAGAGUUUGGGCCGUGUCAGCCCAAUUCUGCCGAAUCCCUCUCCUUGGCACCCUCAGAGAGCUCGACUGCAUCCCUCCAGUCAAUUCUCUCCGCGCGCCUUGGUCCUUGGUCUGCAAUCUGCACUCUGCACUCUGCGCUCUGCACUUGCCAGACAGACUCUGAGCCAGUCCACACACACUACUUCCACUUCCACUUCCACUACCUACCUACCUAUUCGUACUGGACGGCCCCCAUACCUUACCUGACCACCUCUCACGCAAGGUACCUUACCAUUCCCAUCCUCGUCCUCACCCAACCGCAACAUUACCGGCGCCGCAUCAGACACGAGCAACGCAGCCCACACACCCGGUCGACCCUUCGACACUCACUGCCAACCUUACCUCACUCACCUCCCUUGGCUUUGCUCUGCCUGCGAGUCUGCGCUCGCUCCUGCAACUUGCCUUUCAACCUUAGUACGCCCAGUCCAGCCUGGCCCCAUUCGCCCGCUUAACGCGUCCAGUCGAAACCACCGACGACAUCAGCUAAAGCGCUCGGCCAGCCCUUUCCCCCUUCCAACUUUCAACCUCCACCAUCCAACCGUCCGUUUGGCAACUCAUCCCGAUCCCGACCGACUGCAUCAUUUCCUCUUUCGAGUCAACAUCGCUUCUCCGCCCGCCAUGGACUCCCAGUGGCAGCAGGGCUACGCCGAUUCGGCCGGCUCUGCGAGGAGAUACAAUGGCGGCGGCGCUCAGAUGCCUCGUGGGGAGUACAAUGGUCAACCCGGUCCGCAAGGCCAGCCUGCCGGCUACAGGCACGACCAGUAUCAAAGCCCUGGCGGCAUAUCCUCUCACGCUGCCAGCGCCGCCGCUUCGCCCAUGUCCACCCCCCAGAUGCGCGACAACAACGGCGACAUCCCCAUGCACGAUGUUCAGGACUCGUACGCCGGCAUGAAAUACCCCAUGAGACCCCAUCACCAGUCUCACCUCUCGGGCAGCCGCUCAUCCACUCUCUACUCUCCUCAGGAGCCCUCGGCUGCUGCCCAACGGUACUCGCCAAUGGAGGCACUAUCCCCCACCUCACCUUACGCGCCAAAGUCGGCGCAAAGUCAGUUCUCGUCGCCUCCGGGCCAACGACAGUCUCCGACGAGGCAGUCCGAUUACAUGCCCCAUAGUCCUCACUAUGGUGGCCGUCAACAAGCCCCGCAGCUUCCUCCGAUCGCGCCCUAUGGCUCCUCCCACGACGGCUACCCGUCCGCUGUCGUUGCCAACAUUGACGGUGCCUUUGCAAACGACCCCAAGUCACCCCGUCGCCCUAUCCCGCAGGCCAUGGUUCGAGGACCUGCGCCCGAGUUCAGACAAAUCAGAGCCCCGACGGAUCUUCGACCCAAAGUCAAUUCUCAACCUCCAUUCCGCCGUGCGAACCCCGAAGGAGGAUUCAUUAGCCCUCUCCAAGCGCUCACGGUGCAUCUGCCUGCUACGUACAGGAUAUGCAACCCGAACUUCAAAUACGAGUCAUCGCGAAACCCCCGCCGAGUACUCACCAAGCCGAGCAAGGGUGUCAAGAAUGAUGGAUAUGACAACGAAGACAGCGACUAUAUCCUCUACGUGAACGAUAUUCUGGGCUCAGAGGAAGCCGGCCACAAGAACCGAUACCUUAUUCUCGACGUUCUGGGCCAGGGUACCUUUGGCCAAGUUGUCAAAUGUCAAAACCUCAAGACCCAGGAAGUUGUUGCCGUCAAGGUUAUCAAAAAUCGCACGGCCUACUUCAACCAGAGUAUGAUGGAGGUCUCUGUUCUGGACUUGCUCAACACCAAGCUCGAUAAGAACGACGACCACCACCUUUUGCGACUCAAAGACACCUUCAUCCACCGGCAACAUUUGUGCCUGGUCUUCGAGCUUCUCAGUGUCAACCUGUACGAGUUGAUUAAGCAGAACCAGUUCCGAGGUCUCAGCACGACUCUCGUCCGCGUUUUCGCUCAGCAACUCCUCAAUGGCUUGGCCCUAUUGAACAAGGCACGGCUGAUUCAUUGCGAUUUGAAGCCGGAGAACAUCCUUCUCAAGAACCUCGAAAGCCCCAUCAUCAAGAUUAUCGAUUUUGGUUCGGCAUGCGACGAACGGCAGACAGUCUACACUUACAUCCAGUCCAGGUUUUACAGGUCCCCCGAAGUCCUGCUGGGCUUGCCCUACUCGUCGGCCAUCGACAUGUGGUCGCUCGGAUGUAUUGUAGUGGAACUAUUCCUCGGCCUUCCCUUGUUCCCUGGAUCGUCCGAGUACAACCAAGUUUCGCGCAUUGUUGACAUGCUCGGCAACCCUCAAAAUUGGAUGAUCGAGAUGGGCAAGCAAGCCGGCGAGUUCUUUGAGAAGAGGCAGGACGAGUUUGGACGACGAACGUACCAGUUGAAGAGCAUGGAGCAGUACGCUCGGGAGCACUCGACCAAGGAGCAGCCCAGCAAGAAGUACUUCCAGGCAAACACUCUGCCAGAGAUCAUCAAGUCGUACCCUAUGCCACGCAAAAACAUGAAGCAGAGCGAGAUCGACAGAGAAAUGAAUAACAGAAUCGCCUUUAUCGAUUUCGUUCGGGGUCUUCUCAACAUCAACCCGCUGGAACGUUGGUCCCCGCAACAGGCCAAGCUCCACCCAUUCAUCACCCAGCAGAAGUUCACUGGUCCUUUCGUGCCGCCCAUGAAUCUGAAGUCGAGCUCUCUGAAUCGGUCUCCGGCGCCAGGCACCCAGCAACAGCAGCAAGCUGAAGCACUGAGCAAGCAGAGGGCACAAGCCGCUCAGGCACAGGCGAACUCUGCGGCACAGGGAGCUUACGCCCAGAUGGCUGCUCAAUAUCAACAACCCGCACACCCUCAGCAAGCGCCCAUGUACAAUAAUCAACAAAUGUACUCUCCUAGCAACAGUCAUGCAGCUCAGCCGCCACCCUACGGAGCCCAGCAGCAAGGUGCAUAUGGACAAAUGGUCAUGCCUCAACAACCAGCGCAGAUGCCUCCUGGGCCGUAUGGUAAUGCUUCUCAGCAGCCUGGCCUGUAUCCUCAGCAGGGCAUGCGGCCCGCACGCCAACGUGCCUCAACCAUGGAGCAGCAGCAAAGUGGUAUUCCAGCCGCCAUUCAGCGCGUGGCUAGUCACCUCGACCCAAGCCAGCCGAUUCGUUUGCAGCCUAGCCCUGCCUACUACCCCCCUGGUGCCGACAGUGGUAUGGCGGGCAUGGACAAUGCGGCUAAUCGGGCUGGUAGACGUGGAAGCCGUGCACAGCAAGGAGGAGGAAGAGGAAACCGAGACUUCAUUCGCAACCUUGAGGAGCGAACGCUCGAAGAAGGCUUCAUGGGAAGCCAGAAUCCCUGGCACUGAUGGCCGGGCGACCUUUGAUCAAAGUGAUUUGAAAUACGCAUUGAAAUUCCUUCGCAGCCUUGGGUCAUCAGUCUACCCUUCACAUGAGACUAUGGGAGGUGAAGUUAGGACAGCCCGGAUGUCAAUGCUACGGCAUUCGCUUGCGCCAGGUCGAAUACAGCAGUGCAAUCCCUGAACGCAUGGUGGCAAUUGGACGAAGAAGAUACCCGAUGGCUCCAACAAGGGAGACCUGUUGCAGGGGACCAUCUGAAGAAGACGAGGUUCAAAGCCAGGCUAGAUCAGGACGACGACGAAACAUACACAAAUAUGGGAGCUUUGAUGGGACGAUGCAUGAGAGGAAAUUGACGGACAGUAUUGGGUUGGUGGGGAUGGCGGCCUUGACGGCGGAGGAAAGGAAAGGAAGGGCUCGACGGCCAGCAACGACAUACGAGAUCACGUCCUCUUCACACACCGUUCCUAACUACUUACCUACCUACCUUUGUUCCUAAGGUUAAAAGGGUUCCGGAUACAGCAGGUUGGCUUUGCAAGUUGUUUGACUAAUGUGGAAGUGACAAUGAUGUCAAAGGGGCAAGAAGUUGCUGACCUGAUCAUGUGUGCCUACUCAAUCAAUGUUCAAGAUACCAGGUUUAAACUCCACACUUGUAUGGUUCUUAGCUCCCAG